AUGGAAAAUUAAAUUUCCGACAGGCUAUUAUCAAUUUAACGCAAUUUGUUGGAAGAAACUUCCUUGCGCUUCAUGUAUUUUUGUGUUUUAGCUAAAGCUUACUCUAUAUUUGGAGUUGUGAGCCAUGGCAAUUGCAACCAUGACUACUCCUCUUCCUAUCUCCUUAUUCCCUUUUCUUCUUCUCAUUUCCGCUCUCUGUUUUUCCAUUUGUCAUGCCAAUUCCAACCUACUUUGCAUUCAAAGUGAGAGAGAAGCACUUUUGAAAUUCAAGAAUCAUCUUAUUGAUCCUUCAAACAGGUUAUCUUCAUGGGUUGAAGGAGGGGAUUGCUGUAAAUGGAUUGGUGUCAUCUGCCAUAACUCAACAGGCUACGUCAACCAACUGCAUUUGGCUGCUCCUCUUUCACAGCCUGAUUUUGACGCACCACUAGCUGAAUGGGAAGCUUACGUGCGGUCAAAACUACGAGGCAAAAUAAAUCCUUCACUGCUGGAGUUAAAGCAUCUCAGUUCCCUGGACUUGAGCAAUAACGAUUUUAGCAGCAUACAUAUCCCGAAAAUUUUCGGUUUGCUGGAGAGUUUAACAUAUCUUAACCUCUCUGAUGCACUAUUUCAGGGAGCAAUUCCUCAUAACCUUGGGAAUCUCUCAAAGUUGCAGUAUCUUGAUCUUGGAGGUAAUGAUCUCAAAUCAAAAAGUCUUCAAUGGGUUUCUGGACUUUCUUCCUUGCAGUACCUUGAUUUGAGCUAUGCGGAUCUUCAUAAAGCAACUGAUUGGGUAAAGGUAACAUUCAAACUUCCUUCUUUGUUAGAGUUGCACUUGUCAGAAUGUGGUUUAGACAAUGAUCCAUCUCCGACCAGUCUUAGUUCUACAAAAUCACUGGUUGUUCUUGAUCUUUCUUGGAACCGCUUUUCUUCAGUACCUAAGUGGAUAUUUAGUCUUCAUGGUCUUGUGUCCAUUGAUCUUAGUCACAAUUCUUUGGAAGGCUCAAUUCCAGAUUACUUUGGGAACAUCUCGUUUCUUGAAGUUCUUGAUCUUAGUGGGAAUCAUCUCAAUUCAUCCAUACCCAAUUCCUUGUAUAGUUUAAACCGUCUUCAGUUCCUUUGUCUUAAUGAUACCCAGUUACAAGGAACAAUCUCGAGUGCCAUUGGAAACUUGAGCUCUGUUACUCACCUUUAUCUUUCAGAAAAUCAAUUAACUGGUCAGAUUCCAUUGUCUAUAGGGGAGUUAUCAUCUCUGAAGUUGUUUGAUGUUUCAAAAAAUCAGUUAAACGGCCAAAUUCCCUUGUCUAUAGGGCAGUUAUCAUCUUUGGAGUUUUUUGAUGUUUCAGAAAAUCAAUUAAAUGGUCAAAUUCCGUUGUCUAUAGGGGAGUUAUCAUCUUUGAAGUUGUUUGAUGUUUCAGAAAAUCAAUUAAAUGGUACUUUUCCUCUAUCUUUUGGACGACUAGAAAGUUUGGAAACUUUGGAUUGUGGGUAUAAUCUAUUACAAGGAGUUGUAUCAGAAACCCAUUUUUCUGAUCUCACGAGAUUGACAACUCUAGCAGCAUCACACAAUCGGCUUAGAUUUGAACCAAACUCAAGCUGGAUUCCCCCAUUUCAAUGUGAAAGGAUCGAAUUGGGUCACUGGCAUCUUGGCCCAAAGUUUCCCCAGUGGCUAAAAUUCCAAAAGAAAUUGUCUUAUUUGGAUAUCUCCUAUGCAGGAAUUUCAGAUGUCAUGCCCACUUGGUUUUUGAACCUUCCCACUCAAUUUGAAUAUUUAAAUCUUUCCUCUAAUCAACUUACAGGAGAGAUUUCAUAUUUGAAUGUGACAGACAUUGUUGACGUGAGAUCAAACCGAUUCAUAGGUCCAUUGCCAAGAGUAUUCUCAACUGUAACAAUUUUAUAUAUGUCAAAUAAUUCAUUUUCAGGAUCUCUUUCUCAAUUAAUUUGUGAUCCAUCAAGUGGGAAACUUAUGGGAGUUCUUUACAUUGAUAAAAAUCUUAUCUCAGGAGAUAUUCCAGAUUGUUGGAAUCAUUGGCAGCGUUUGGACAUUCUAAAUUUGGGAAGCAACAAUUUGACCGGAAAAAUCCCACCUUCUUUAGGGCAUAUAAAUCUUUCAAUGCUAAUCCUUCGAAACAAUACAAUGUUUGGAGAAUUGCCAUCCACAUUGCAAAAUUCUACAAAUUUGAUUAUGUUUGAUCUUAGUGAAAAUCAUUUCAGUGGAAGUGUACCAGUAUGGAUUGGUGAUAAGCUCUCAAACCUUGUGAUUCUAAGCCUUCGAUCAAAUAACUUUGAUGGUCAUAUUCCUCAUAAAAUUUGUGAUCUUCAAUCUCUUCAAAACUUGGACCUUGCCUACAACAACAUUUCUGGAGUUAUUCCAAAAUGUUUUAAUAAUUUAAGUGCAAUGGCCACAACAAACAAAAUCUUUAAUUCUGUUUUUUCGAAGUAUGCAGUUGAUGACUCUUUUUUUUUUAAAGCAUUAUUGGUGUUGAAAGGACGAGAGGAUGAAUAUGGUAGCACACUAGGACUUGUUACCAGCAUGGACCUUUCAGCAAACAGUCUCACAGGAGAGAUCCCCAAAGAAAUUGGUAGUCUCGUUGGACUAUUGUCUUUAAAUUUUUCAGGGAAUCUCCUAAUAGGAAAUAUACCAGAAAGCAUUGGCAACAUGGAGUUAAUGGAAUCUCUUGAUUUGUCCAUGAAUCGACUAAAUGGACAAAUCCCAACAAGCACUCAGCUUCAAAGCUUUGACAACUUGUCUUACGUGGGCAAUCAUCUUUGCGGACCUCCUCUCACAAAGAACUGCACCUCAAAAGGUAUUCCAACUGACAUUGCAAACAAUGGAAGUAGCAGUGAAGGAAGUAAGGUGAAUUCGCUUUAUGUCAGCAUAGCUCUUGGCUUUGUAAUGGGUUUUUGGGGUUUAGUGGCUCCCUUAUUUUUCAUCAAGUCUUGGAGGAUUGCAUAUUAUCGAAAGCUGGACCAUAUCUGUAGUAAAAUGUAUGUGUUUUGGGCUACUAUGGGUAUGUAGUUUGAUAGGAAAAAAGCAUAUAUAAUUGAUGCAUCUGAUCUAGGUGUGCUGCUACAUGAUUGUUUGAUGCUAAAAGAUUAGUUUUUGUGUCUUUCCACUCGCUUGGUGUGCUAAUAAGGUGGCCCACUCGUUGGCAUGAAGGCUCUGUUAUAUGCAAACCACGUGGAAUGGGAUUUUUUUUUCCCUUGCAUCUUUUUUGAAGAA